AUGAAUGCCAUCCAUCCACACGCCUCGAUAUCUUCAGAAGAGAGCGUGUACAAGAGAACAAAGCGUCUGUCAGCCCCACAGAUAUUUUAUGAUUUCGCCAAUCUCGUGAGCACAGGGCUGAACUACGUCGGCCCCUACCGCAAAAGCAUUACACCACUCAUUGAAAGCCGACUUUUGCAUAAUUCCGAGAAUCAAGGUGAGAAUAAUGCUAAUAUGCUCAUUGCUAUACAUGUAGUGCUGAGCUCAGUAACAUUUGACAUGACCAUAAGCGGUCACGUAUUAUAUACUAUUGACUACGAACUAUACCCAGCUUUCUUCUGCCAAAUUAAACAGAAGAUUUUGUCCUGA